AUGGCGGCGUACUACGCGGAUCUAGACCGGCAGAUCGAACAGCUAUGCGAGUGCAAGCCGUUGUCGGAGGUCGAAGUGAAGCAACUAUGCGAGAAAGCGCGCGAGGUGUUUCUGGAGGAGUCGAACGUGCAGCCCGUGCGGUGCCCCGUCACCGUGUGCGGCGACAUCCACGGCCAGUUCUACGACCUCAUCGAGCUCUUCCGUAUCGGCGGCCGAGCGCCCGAUACUAAUUAUCUCUUCAUGGGCGAUUAUGUCGACCGCGGGUACUACUCGGUGGAGACGGUGACGCUGCUGGUGGCGCUCAAGGUGCGCUACCGCGACCGCAUCACCAUCCUGCGCGGCAACCACGAGAGCCGGCAGAUCACUCAAGUGUACGGCUUCUACGACGAGUGUCUGCGCAAGUACGGCAACGCCAACGUGUGGAAGGCCUUCACCGACCUCUUCGACUACCUCCCGCUCACCGCGCUCGUCGAAAGCGAGAUCUUCUGUCUGCACGGAGGGCUGUCGCCGUCGCUGGACACGCUGGACCACAUCAGAGCACUCGACCGCUGCCAGGAGGUGCCCCACGAGGGGCCGAUGUGCGACCUGCUGUGGUCGGACCCGGACGACCGGUGCGGGUGGGGCAUCUCGCCGCGCGGCGCGGGGUACACGUUCGGGCAGGACAUCAGCGAGCAGUUCAACCAGAACAACGGGCUCAACCUCGUGGCACGCGCUCACCAGCUCGUCAUGGAGGGCUACAACUGGGCGCAGGACAAGAACGUGGUGACGAUCUUCAGUGCGCCCAACUACUGCUACCGCUGUGGCAACAUGGCGGCCAUCAUGGAGGUGGACGAGGCCAUGGACCGCUCCUUUCUGCAGUUCGAACCCGCGCCCCGCCAGGGCGAACCCGACGUUGCCCGCAAGACCCCCGACUACUUCCUUUGA